GCGCGCGGGGGGGGCAGCUGCCUCGGUCUGAGGAGCGGGUGGGGCGCUGGGAGCGCGCGCGGGCGGCUGGCUCUGUCUGUGUAAGGAGCGCGCGGGCGGCAGGCUCGGUCUGUGCGAGGAGCAGGCGUGUGAGGAGCAGGCUGAGGCUCGGUCGGUGCGAGGAGCGGGCGAGCGGGACGGCGAGGCGCAGCCCUUCCUCCCCAGCCAGCCCACCGCGGUCUGUUCCCGGCCUCGCGAGUGCGCCAAUGCCCGGUCCGACCCAAACGCUGUCCCCAAAUGGCGAGAACAACAACGACAUCAUCCAGGACAACGGGACCAUCAUCCCCUUCCGGAAGCACACGGUGCGCGGCGAGCGCUCCUACAGUUGGGGAAUGGCAGUCAAUGUGUAUUCUACCUCGAUAACCCAAGAGACUAUGAGCAGACAUGACAUCAUUGCAUGGGUUAAUGACAUAGUUUCUUUGAACUACACAAAAGUGGAACAGCUUUGUUCAGGAGCUGCCUAUUGCCAGUUCAUGGACAUGCUGUUUCCAGGCUGCAUUAGUCUGAAGAAAGUAAAAUUUCAGGCAAAGUUGGAGCAUGAGUAUAUUCACAAUUUUAAACUUCUGCAAGCAUCGUUUAAGCGAAUGAAUGUUGAUAAGGUAAUUCCAGUGGAGAAGCUAGUGAAAGGGCGUUUCCAGGACAACCUGGAUUUUAUUCAGUGGUUUAAGAAAUUCUAUGACGCUAACUACGAUGGGAAGGAGUAUGACCCCGUAGAAGCACGACAGGGGCAAGAUGCACUUCCUCCUCCCGACCCUGGCGAGCAGAUCUUCAACCUGCCGAAGAAGUCGCACCAUGCGAACUCUCCCACAGCAGGUGCAGCAAAAUCAAGUCCAGUGUCUAAACCAGGAUCCACACCUUCUCGUCCCUCAUCAGCCAAAAGGGCUUCAUCCAGCAGCUCAGCAUCCAGAUCCGAUAAAGAUUUAGAAACACAGGUCAUACAGCUGAAUGAACAGGUACACUCAUUAAAACUUGCCCUAGAAGGCAUGGAAAAGGAAAGGGAUUUCUACUUUGGAAAGCUGAGAGAGAUUGAGCUACUCUGCCAAGAACAUGGGCAGGAAAACAAUGACCUUGUGCAGCGACUAAUGGAAGUCCUUUAUGCUUCGGAAGAACAUGAGGGCCACCCGGAAGAGCCGGAAGCGGAGGAGCAAGUCCACGAGCCACAGCCCCAGCAGCAGGAAGAAUACUGAACCAUCUUGGCGACUCUCAACACUUGUGUUUUGCGUGAGAACUUUUCUUCUGGAGAAUUGGAACGUGUGGCCUCAAGCUCAACAGAAACCAGUGGUUCCCUGUGUGCCGUUCACAUCACAGCACUGUCACGUUUGCCAGCCGCUGCGCUCAGUUCCCAUUCCCUCUGCCAAGACCCGUAGCGGCCAGCUGCUUGGCCUACCUGAGAGGUUAUGGGGUCACAUACCUUCAGCUCUGCCACUUGGCUGCUUGAGAUUGGUUCUGCUCUUUUCAUUUCUUCCCAGAGCAACUCUCCCACCCACCCACCAACAGCCCCUUUAUAUCCUGGUGUGAAACAAUGGUAACGUGAUAUAUGGUAUUUACAUUGGCAUUUCUCAACCCAGUGUCAGUUGGUGUCACACACAUUUGUGGUGCUUUGAUGUUUUCAAGUCUAACCUAUCGGCAUAAAUUUGAUCAAAUAAUAAGUUGAAACAAAGGGAAAGGGAUCCUUGAUACGAAAGCCAUAACAACAUUCACUUGUUUCAUGGGGAAAAACAGUUUCUUCCUCUACUCUCAACACUAAAGGGAAAAAAAAUGGAAUCAAGACUAGGAUUUCAGGGCCCUGCAGUGUCCAUACAUCAGCAUGUUAGACCACCACACAGUGUGUUGUUUAAUUUAAAGAUGUUCACUCAAGAAAAACACCACCUCGACUUAGCCCUCUAACUGCUUGUCCCCCACCCAGGUUUUCAUGCUGUUUUCUUCCUCAGGGUCCUCUUGGUGGGCAGCCACUCUUGCCAAAAGCUGUCAUCAGGUGUCUGUAGUCCAGAGGGGUCUGCAUAGGUACAGGUUCCCUCCUGCUUGUGUGGGUUUCAGCCCAAUUCCUUCCUCCACACAAGGGAGCUUCUAAAGAACAACUUCUGAGUGUGCAGCCCCAUGCCGCCCAAGUGGAAGUGGAGACCUUGUUAAUAAGGAGCAUAAUUCCAAGGGAGCUCCUGGUUCUGAGGUAUGGUGUUGACACCAGAAUGGCAGAACAGAGACCCCUGUGGCUCUUGUGCGUCUGGAACAGGAUCUCUCCCAUGUGACCCUGCGGCCCUCCUUGUCAUUGGCCUUCCCUACACUGUGGCAAUUCAUAAAAAGAGGAAACAUUAAUGAAUUAAAAGCAUUCCUUAUUUUUAAAACUAAUUUUGCACAUUUUCUUAGUAUCUUCCCAAAUCUUUUCCUCUUUUUUUUUUUAUUUGCCCUUUGACGGAUAGUAACCCUUCCCAGAUUGUUCAUUUCACUUGGUUUAUGACUUCAGAUUUACUUUCACUUGUUAUUCGACUUCAGCAGGUGCAACAAAAGCAGCAGGUGUGCCCCCCAGUUUCAUCUUAGCUGAAAAGGCUUAAAAUAAAUUUCUGAAUUAUGUAUCAUAAAGCUUUGACAUUUAUUGAUGAUUAAAUUAAUUCUAAAUUCUAGCAUUUGAAGCUUUCCACCAAAAGAAGUUUUCUCAGAAUAAAUCUUGUGCAGUGAAGUGGUACUCACUGCAUUCUGUGUGAGGAGUGUGGCUCGUGUUGGCGGUCAGACCAGCACUGCAGGGCUGCACAGGCGUCUGUGGUGUCUGGCUUCCCUGCCUGGUCUCCUGCUUGCUCUGCAUCCUGGUGGCAGGUCGUCUCUCAGGCCAGAAAGCCUUGCUCCUGGCAGGGACAUCCCCCCACACCUGGCCACAGGUAGUCCUUGUGCCCUACACAGCAUCAUGCCUUACACGGGGUCCACUCUGCUGCAUUCACUUGAGUCUCCAUUUUCAAAUAGGCAUUAUAAAAGGGCACAACAGUUCCAUUCAGGUGGCACUUCAUAGUUCCUAGGCAGUUCUUUUCCUGUCUGGGCAUCUCAUUAAUGCCCAGUGCCAGCUGUGCCAUGACCCAGCUCCUGUCAUGUGGAUGCACAUGAUCAACGUGUUACCUGUGUGAGCCUCACCAGUGACACCCAGCCACCCUCACCAUGGCCGUACAUCAUUCUCCCCAGCAUCUUGGGGGAGCCUGUUCACUUGCUCAGAGAAGAGCUAUAAAUUCCUCCUCGCGUCCCCACCUGGAACACCUUCCAGUGUGCUGCAUCGCAAGUGACCUUGCUGAAGCUUUGGGGAACCUUUAGCAGCCAGGUUUCCCAGGCCUCUUCACUGCACUGCAGCUUCUGUGCAGACCACCCUCAUUUCCCAGGGCUCCUUUCCCCCUGGUGGCUGUCUCCCUUCAUUCUCAUCUCAGCAUCCAGGGCACACAUUACUCUGUGGCCGCUGUGACACCAUCAUGCCGGCCUGAGGAGCAUCCCUUGGUGCACGCUCUGCACCUCCCUCAGGAGCCAGGCGUCCUUUCUGUCCCCCCGCCCACCCUCUGGAAGGGGGGUGACUGGUUGAGCACUUCCAUUGCUCAUGUCAGGUAGGAAGUGAUUGAAGCAGGAGGCAGAGGAAGAGCCUGUCGUCUGUCCAAGCAGAAAAAGAAAAGACAAAGACACUCCAUUGACCCGAGAGAAGUAAACUCCAGAAGGGAAUCAAGAACUCUUCCCUUCCCUGGUGAGUAUUUCCAUUAUUCCACUAAGGUUUAGUAUGCAUUCAGAUUACUUUUACUAAAUAGGACACCGUAAGUCUUUUGUUAUAUAUUAAAUGUAAACUGAAAGGAAUGUAAACAUAUGUAUUGUUAAUUAUAAA